AUGAAUCGAGACAUCAAAUAUUCAACGAUCGGCACCGACUUUGGCACACACGAGACCACCGGCAGCGCGCAUUCGAAUGGCAUUCACUACGAAGAAACCUUGACCUUGGAUACUAACAAACUAUCUUCAGGUCGCCUUACAGAGUACGAGGUCAUCGGCCGCCACUUGCCCACUGAGGCCAACCCUACCCCGGCCAUGUACCGCAUGACCAUCUUCGCCCCUAACGAGACUGUCGCCAAGUCCCGUUACUGGUACUUCUUGCGUGGUCUCAAGAAGGUCAAGAAGGCCACUGGUGAGAUCGUCAGCAUCAAGGCGAUCCACGAGAAGCACCCCGAGAAGGUCAAGAACUUCGGUAUCUGGCUGCGAUACGACUCUCGAUCUGGCACGCACAACAUGUACAAGGAGUACCGUGAGCUGACCAGAACCGAUGCCGUCGAGUCCCUGUACUCCGAUAUGGCUGCCCGUCACCGUGCCCGUUUCAGGUCCAUCCACAUUCUCCGUGUCGUUGAGGUUGAGAAGACCGCCGACAUCAAGCGCCCCUACAUCAAGCAGCUCGUCACCAAGAGCCUCAAGUUCCCUCUCCCCCACCGUGUUGCCAAGAUCAGCACCCAGAAGCUGUUCACCGCGAAGCGACCUUCCACUUUCGCUUAA